CGUUUACUAUCCCAUAUCGUGCCAGUUUAUGAUGUUAGUUUUCGCCACUAUUUUCAGCACAAAACUAUAGUGAACAAGAGACUUACUCAAAGCUGUGUAAUUGUGCUAAAAUUAGGCCUUUGGAAAUGAUGGAAAAUCAAAUCAGACGGUGGCACCUACUGCUGUACAUUUCUCGGAUACGCUUUCCACGUUAUCCGGCCUACUAUUUUCCGGUGUUUGUCCUGCUGCAGGGUUUCAAAAAGCUUCGUUUUGACCUGAAAUUACGCUCGCUAGACUUUUACCUGCAACCCAUACCGAAUGUGCUGUUCGAGCAGGCUCAGUCCAACCAGCUAGUGAACUCGGAACAUACGCUCUUCGUAUCGCCAACCGUGUUCCGGGAGUAUGUGGUGGAACACGAAAUUAAUUGGAUCAAUCUUGUCUUGAAGGUAGCAAAAUCAACGGAACCAACGGAAUCAACGGAAACUCAGCCUGGCAAAAGUCUCGUAUCGAUCAUACUGAACAAGCAGGAUGUGUCCUUACUCUGCCAAAUAGCACCGCAUCCGGAUGUGCCUAUAACAGCGCUUUGGGUCAAGGAGAAUCUGGUGGAAAAUCUUAACGAACGUUACACCCGCAGCGGAGAACGAUACCGCGGUCGUUUACAACGUAUCGCCGAAGGUCAGCAUCUGCCAGCGAUUGUUGCGAAAGCGAACAUCUUUAUCUACCAAACGCCGUACGAUUUGAGCUCGGACAUGGUAGAUUUCAUCCUGGGACGUUACUUUGAAACACCGCGGCUACUCUACCGAAACCACACUUAUCAGGUUCCGCUGACGGAGCGCUUUUUGGGCAAUACUUUCUAUACGAAAAAUUUCGCUAUACUGGCCCACAUGAAGUCACUUUGGUUCAAAUGCCUCAACCUUGAUUCAACUGCCGGCGGAUUCGAGAUGAGCGGCAUCGUGCAAAAAAGUCUUACGACACUGCAGCAAACGACAACGUACAAUAACUUUUUGCUUCCGGAACGAUUCGAUGGACCUAACAUGCGACCCAGCUGUCCGUUCGGGUUGCGAAAAUAUUUCGACUCCUUGCGCUCGUCACUGCAGGCGUACAUGAAGAUGGAAAACAAUGGAUUAGUGCAGAACGGAAUUUACCCGGUGUUUAUGCUGCGCGGUGAACGUGGGAUCGGCAAGAUGGCUGUGCUACGAUCAGUUGCCAGUGCACUCGGUAUUCCUAUUUAUUAUGCGGAUUGUAGCGAAAUCAUGACCUCCAUUAGCUCCCAAACGGAGACGAAGCUAAGCAGCGCCUUCAACAAGGCGAAGGUAUGCGAGCCGUUGAUUAUUUGUCUGGAAAACUUUGAAGUGUUCGGUGUCGACAACGAAGGCCACGAGGAUCAGCGUAUAACGGGUUCCUUUCAGGCGGAACUAUCCACUCUUUUCAGCCGGAAGUAUUCUCAUCCAGUGGUGGUAGUGGCCAUUGCAAACCAGAAAGAAUCGAACACACCCAAACUGACCUCGCUGUUUCUGGAGGUGAUACAACUUCAUCCACCAACCACCGGUGAACGGUACGACCUUUUACGUUGGAUCUCCCUAACCCAGCGUUAUCGACUUCCCAGCCGACAGCUGCAUAAAAUUGCCGAACAAAGCCAAGGGUUCACACUGUCCGAUUUGGAGCUUUUGUACGGGAAUGCCCUGGAAGCGUGGCGUCGCUCCAAAGACGCACGGGUACAGUCGAAACAUUUCCUCGAGUCGUUGGAAAGCAUGCAAUCUACCUUCUCGGACAGUCUCGGUGCACCGAAAGUACCGAAGGUGCUGUGGUCGGAGAUUGGUGGUUUGGCAAAGCUGAAGUCGGAAAUACAAAACUCGAUCGGAUUGCCGUUGCGCCACAAGCAUCUAAUGGGGAAGAAUAUGCGCCGGUCGGGUAUACUGCUGUACGGCCCACCGGGCACUGGAAAGACGCUGAUUGCGAAGGCUGUCGCGACCGAGUGCAACUUAAGCUUCCUCUCCGUGCAGGGACCCGAGCUGCUAAACAUGUACGUCGGACAGAGCGAGCAGAAUGUGCGAGAAGUAUUCGCACGGGCAAGGACCGCUUCACCUUGCGUGCUGUUUCUCGACGAACUUGACUCAUUGGCACCGAAUCGCGGUGUGAGCGGAGAUUCCGGUGGCGUAAUGGAUCGUGUGGUCUCACAAAUGCUUAGCGAGAUGGACGGCAUAUCGAAGGAUCCGGGACAGCAAAUUUUUAUACUGGCCGCCACAAAUCGUCCAGAUCUAAUUGAUCCAGCUCUGUUGCGUCCGGGACGGUUCGAUAAGCUGCUGUACGUUGGUCCGAGCUGUACGGUGGAAGAUAAGGAAAGUGUACUGCGUGCCGUGACGGGACGUUUCCGGCUGGCGACGAACCUAACGCUGCGAAAGAUCGCCGAAUGCUUGCAGCAGGAUAUGACCGGUGCGGAUAUGUAUUCGAUCUGUUCGAAUGCUUGGUUGAGUGCAGUACGGCGCACCGUUAAAGAAACCAUUGCAGGAGAUUCCAUCGAGGAGGGUCUCAGUGCGGAUCAGGUGAUCGUAACGGAGGAAGAUUUCAAAGAAGCGAUUAAAAAGUUCAUCCCCUCUAUAAGCCCCGCCGACAUGGCGUACUUUAAUCAGCUGAAGGGAAACUUUAGUGUAUGAAAUGGACAUGACAAGAAGAAUACAUACAGGUAACGGGUGAUUUAUAAUGGUGUAUGGAUGUGUGUUCACUGCAAGGACACAAUUGUUAUUUAGUUUUACGUACUGAUAAAGAUAAAGGGUCUUCUAUUAAA